AAUCUAGAUUGGAUAUGUAAGAGUAAAAGAUUAUCCUUGUAGACGGACAUGAAUUCAUGUUUUGCAUUUACUUGGGUGGUCUGGGUUUGAUUCAGAAGUAGUAUGGAUUGGAAUGAAAGGGGUAAUAUUGAAUGCAAAUAUAGAUGGGUGGUAAAUUUGGUUACCAAAUUGGGUUUUUGAAAUGGGAUGAGAUAAAGAAGAGGGGAAAGUGGUGGCGAUGGUGAGGUUGCACAGGCAGUGUGUGCGAUGUGUUUUGGUAUGGAAUGACAUGCAGAGAAGAGUUAAAGGUGCAAAAUGGGAAAGUGUCUUCUUCCCUUGAAACGUGCCGCAUCCUACUAUUUCGUUCUUCUUCUCUCCACAUUUCUUUUUUCGUCUUUUCUCUCUCUCUCUCUCUCUCGCUCUGUUGCCCUGUCGUUUUUAUUUGUUGCUCAUCCCCUCACUUUCUCUCCUCCCCCUUUUCAUGUUUUCUGUGAUUCAUCACUGUUUUUGAUCCAUUGGGGGAGGGGACCCUUUGCUGGGUCUAGCCAAGGAUUUCUGUUCUUUAUAUUUGACGCUUCAACUGGAGUUCUACAGCUCUCUGUGACUGCCGAAUCUCGGAGUUACAGGGGCCUGUAUGUAAUCAAGAUAGGAGGUUUUGCUGCCUAUGAAGCCAACAAAAUCAUGGGGCAUGCUGAUCAGAAAAAAGAGUCUAUUUUCUGAUGGGGGAAAAUGCCACUUCAGAAUGAAGCAGCUACAAUUUAUGGCUGUUAUUUGUAUUGUAAUGCUGUUCAUUGUGUACAGAACUACAAAUUACCAAUAUCAACAGACAAAAAUUGAAACAACCUUGCAACCCUUUGACAACACAAGGCUCCUCGGAGAGGAGUAUCAAAACUUGGAUGGCUUGCCACAUGGCAUAGUAGAAGCUAGAUCCGAUUUGGAGUUGAGACCUCUCUGGGAAACUAGCAAUUCAAGGUUACAGGCUGAGGAUUACAGCAACCGCAAUUUACUUGCAAUUCCAGUUGGCAUCAAACAAAAGGACAACGUUGAUUCUAUUGUGCAAAAAUUUCUUCCAGAGAAUUUCACAAUUAUUCUCUUCCAUUAUGACGGCAAUGUGGAUGGAUGGUGGGAUCUUGAUUGGAGUAAUGACGCGAUACAUAUAGCUGCGCGAAACCAAACCAAGUGGUGGUAUGCAAAACGAUUUUUGCAACCGGCAGUUGUGUACAUUUAUGAUUACAUAUUUCUUUGGGAUGAAGAUUUGGGGGUCGAACAUUUUAGCCCAAGAAGAUACCUGGAAAUUGCAAAGUCUGAAGGACUGGAAAUAUCUCAGCCCGCCUUGGAUCCAAAUUCGACCGAUAUACACCAUAGAAUUACCAUUCGUGCACGAACAAAGAAGAUACACAGAAGGGUUUAUGAUCUCAGAGGUAGUACGAAAUGUACAGAUAAAAGUGAGGGGCCACCUUGCACUGGAUUUGUAGAAGGUAUGGCCCCUGUAUUCUCGAGAUCAGCCUGGUAUUGUGCUUGGCAUCUUAUACAGAAUGAUCUUGUUCAUGGAUGGGGAAUGGAUAUGAAACUUGGCUAUUGUGCACAGGGUGAUCGCACCAAGAAGGUGGGAGUAAUUGAUAGUCAGUAUAUUGUUCACAAGGGCAUACAGACUUUGGGUGGAGGUGGAGGCAAGUCUAGGCCUUCUUUGAAAGCUGCAGAGUUCGCAAAGAAACCUAGCCUGCCACCAGCUGAUGUUCGAACAGAGAUAAGGAGGCAAUCGACAUGGGAACUUCAAAUCUUCAAAAAUCGAUGGAACAAAGCGGUAGCAGAGGACAAGAGUUGGGUCGAUCCAUUUAAAAAAAAAUCAUUGAAACAUUGACUAGAUGAAGAAGGAACAUGAAAAUGCGGCCGUCAUUGAUAUUCAACAAGCAAGGAUCCUAUCUGAGCUUGAUCUGGAUCAGGGUUGUACUUCCUUUCAACACAUGUUAUCAUUGUCAUACUGCAAUUGUUGUGGUAGUCCAUCCUAUUUUUUU